AUGACAUCGAGGGAAGGCUUUGUGUGGACCAAGAAGGACGGCAGCAAAUAUGGCAUCCCUUCGAUCGGUGUGAUCAACCCUCAGCAACAUGGCGUCCAAGAUUCCCCAAACUCCAAGUUCGAUGUCAUCGUGAUCGGCGCUGGCUACACUGGACUUGUUGCUGCCCGCGACUUGGUUACGCAAGGGAUGAAAACCCUUCUCAUAGAAGGCAGAGAUCGGAUUGGUGGCCGAACUUGGCACAGUACGAUAGAUGGAUUCAAUUACGAAAUGGGCGGUACUUGGAUCCACUGGCAAAUGCCUCACAUCUAUCGUGAAGUCUCCCUCUACGGUCUCCACGAUGAUUGGAUCGUUACUCAGACUGAGGGUGGGCCUUUGGACUUCUGUACUUUGACAACCAGGUUCAGUAAACGGAAUCUAUCGCAUGAGCAGGAGAGUGAGAUGUUCAGUAGAGUGUGGAGGGCUUUCUGCAACGUGGACGGCACAUAUAUGAAGGAGGGAAUGCCCUACCCUUUUGACUCAAUGCGAAAUAGAGCUGAGUUGAACAAGUACGACAAACUGUCUUGCAAAGACCGAAUGGACCAAAUUCGACCACACUUCUCAGAUGAGGAGAUCGGUAUGUUGGAAGCGAUUUUGCUCCAGAUGGGCGGAGGCCCCCUCGAGGAGAUGGGUCUCCUUGACGCUCUCCGCUGGUGGUCUCUGGGGAACUGGACCGGCACUGGCCUUAAUGACAUCGCCCUGCGAACAAGGCUCAAGAGUGGACAGAGCACCCUCGCACGGAAAAUUUUCGAUCAUGCUGUCUCCACGGGUAACCUAUCUUACCUUUUCUCAACACCCGUUGCGAAAAUCGAAGAUCACGAUACCCACUCCAAAAUCACGACAAGCACCGGUUCUACUUACAAGGCAAAUCGAGUCGUCUGUACUAUUCCCCUCAACGUGCUCCGAGACAUUGAAUUUUUGCCAAGGUUACCCCCUCUUGUCCAGCAAGCAAUUGACGCAGGCCAGACAAAUAAGUGCAACAAAAUCCACGUGGACAUUAAGGGGCCCGAACUCGUCUCAUGGUCUUCGUUUGGGUCACCUGGUAAGGGCUUGAUUUGUGCACUUUCAGACAACUUGACUCCUGCGAAUGAUACGCAUCUCGUGGCAUUCGGACCUUCAGCCGAUUCACCGGCGGGCAUCAAACUGGAGAACAACAUCGAUGGCAUCAAGGAGGCUAUUGAAUACCUGUUACCAGACAGGAGAGAGAUCACCCGCGUUGUAUAUCACGAUUGGUACCACGAUAAAUUCUCGAAGGGUACCUGGUGUUACUUGCCGCCGAGUUGGGCGUCCAAGUACUUGGACGUGAUGCAGAAGCCCCAGGGAAACAUCGUCCUUGCUAGUGCAGAUUGGUCUGAUGGAUGGCGAGGCUGGAUCGAUGGUGGUGCUCAGCAGGGUAUGCAGGCCGCCAAGUACGUUAUUGACAGCCUGACUUCACGCUUCAAAAGCCGGAUUUGA